AUGGUCUCCAACAAGAAACGUCUUUACGUCGCCCUCUAUCCUAGUGGCGUCGUUAAUAACGAAACGCGAAGGUACCAUUGGGGCUUCCUAGUUGGGCCUAAGAUCGAGGAUAAAGACUCGAUCAAAGGUAUGCGCUACCAUGUGAAGAAUCCAAUUUCUCAGGGUUGGGUGUACGAGGAAACAGAGCUACGCGACGUGCGGUCCACCAAUAACCUACUCGUCCGCAUCCUCGUCGCCAAGGUCUUGGAUGAAGAGCUCCUUGCGGAUAUUUUUCGAGCUGUUCUUAUUGUGCAGAAUGAUCCUAACUGGAGGUGUCGCACCUGGGUUGCAAAUGCAGUGGUAGCGGCAAAGCAGAACGGCAGAGCUGUAGGUAGGGGAGUGCUAGAUUGGGGAGAAAUUGAGCGUGUCGCGAGAUGGUUUGCUAGCGAGAAGGCAGCCGCCGGUCGCUUUAAGGAUGUUGCAUCGGCGCUGAAACCGAAGCCGACGUGGGACAUGUUGCAAAACAAGGAGACUUUAUCGUAG